UCUGGAGUAUUGAUGAGAAAGAAACUGUGAGAAAUGCGAGAAGGUAACAGGAAAAACGAAGCCAACUAUCCUUUUUAUAUAUUUUCUCGCUAUAGACAGAACGUCAUCCCUCUCUCUACAUCAUCUAGACUUCCCGAAGAAUUCAGGAAUGAACUCACUGAGUCGCUAACCACCGUUUCUAACCCACUCACCACUCUCUCUCUUUACAAUUUCCCAAAUGGCGGAGUCAUCUGCGGCGGCGGCGGCGGCGGCGACGACUGAGCUGCCCACCACCACUCCCCUCCUCCGGCAUCGUCAGGACUCUGCGGCGGCGGCGACGCAACAGACGACGCUGGCGGCGCUGCUAGGGCGUGCGACGGGCCGGAGGGGAGCCUCGAUGCUGGUUCGAGAGACGGCGGCACGGCAGCUGGAUGAGCGGCGCGCCGACUGGGGGUACUCGAAGCCGGUGGUGGCGCUGGACAUGGUGUGGAACCUGGCGUUCGUUGUGGUGUCGGUGGUGAUGUUGAUUUGCACAGUGGAGGAGAGGCCUAACGUGCCGAUUAGGGUUUGGAUCUGCUGUUACUCGCUGCAGUGCUUGGUGCAUGUGGUUCUGGUGUGGUUGGAGUAUCGGAGGAGGAACAGGACGAUCAGAUUCCGAGAUGUGGAUGCAUCGACGAGGACUGAUACGAAUUCAGUUGAUGCGAAUGAUAGUGAGGAUGAGGAAACUGGAGGCGCUUUGGGAAUUUCUAGUCGAUCGAGUUGGACUACACGAUGCGAAUCUGUGAAUACAAUGGCAUCAUUUCUCUGGUGGAUAGUUGGCUUCUAUUGGGUUGUUUCUGGUGGUAACAUUCUUUUGCACAAUGCUCCACGGCUGUACUGGUUGGCUGUGGUAUUUCUGGCAUUCGAUGUGUUCUUCGCCAUCUUUUGUGUUGUUUUGGCGUGUUUGAUAGGGAUCGCGCUUUGUUGCUGCUUGCCUUGCAUCAUUGCGAUUCUUUAUGCUGUUGCAGGCCAGGAAGGUGCAUCAGAUGCAGAUCUCAGUAUCCUCCCAAAAUACAAAUUCCAAAUCUCUGGCUGUGAGGAAAAGCCUGGUGUUGGAGGAGGUAGAAUGGUUCCUGAUGAAACAAGUAGUGGAUGCUUGGCUAAUGAACGAAUUAUUUUGCCUGAGGACGCAGAAUGUUGUAUAUGUCUGACUCCAUACGAGGAUGGAGCACAGCUUCAUGCGCUUCCCUGCAACCAUCAUUUCCACUUGACAUGCAUUGUGAAAUGGCUUAAGAUGAAUGCAACAUGUCCACUCUGCAAGUACAACAUCCUCAAGGGAAUGGAACAGGUUUGAGAAAAACUUUCAAUGUUGCUGGUUGAAGUUGAUGAGUUUUCUCUCUCCUUUGUCUCUGAAUGUACAGGAGAAGUCAAGGCAAGAGAUACAACACAAGCUUUCCUGAUGCAUUCAUCAAAAUAAAUUUGUAGAAUUUAUUUAAUUGAGCUUCAUUUUGAGUGUUUGUUUCAGUCUUGAGGUGACGUCUUGAUUUAUUUUUCUUCUUUUUAACUGGUGUGAAAACAAAGCUACUUCCAAUUUCCAACCUUUUAUUGUAUUUUAGUUUGAUUAGUAAAAAAGAAGAAUAUAUAUAUACACACACAUACACAAGUACUUGUAAUA